AACUGUGAAGCUCAAACUAAAAGAAUUAGGGAUUUCUCCGCAAUCCUCGUAACUCCACCACCGAGGAAGAAGACGCCCUCAAUAAAAAUCACAAGGCCGGCCCCAAUGCCUAUGCGCGAACCAAAAUCCUCACUCCCAUCACCACAACCACCACAACCACCGUUCCCUUCCGUCCUAACCAAACCCAACUACCCUCCCGUCCUAAACCCAUUUCAGAAACUAGCGGCUUCCCUAUUAGACCUUGUGGAGACCUCCCUCAUCGCAGAGUCCGAGAAGAAGAACCCUCUCCCUAAGACAGUCGACCCUGCAGUCCAAAUCGUUGGCAAUUUCGCUCCUGUCUCAGAAACUCCGGUUCAGCACGAUUUGCAGGUAGCGGGUCAUAUCCCGGCCGGGCUUAAUGGUGUUUAUGUGCGUAACGGGGCCAACCCCAUGCUCGCACCAUCCGGGGGCCACCACCUUUUCGAUGGCGACGGCAUGAUUCACGCUGUCUCCUUAAACAGUAACGGCAAUAGAGCUAGCUACAGCUGCCGCUACACCCGGACGAGACGACUCAUGCAAGAAUCGGCAUUUGGGAAGCAACUCUUUCCUAAGCCUAUCGGAGAACUUCAUGGCCACACCGGCAUCGCAAGACUCUUGCUCUUGCAAGCACGUGCUAUGGUUGGUCUCGUCAAUGCCAGCCAGGGCAUCGGCGUUGCCAAUGCGGGUCUUGUAUACCUCAACGGUCGCCUUCUCGCCAUGUCGGAGGAUGACCUUCCCUACCACGUCAGGAUCACGGCUGAUGGUGACCUCGAGACAGUUGGCCGGUUCGACUUCUCCGGUCAGCUCAAGUCUUCCAUGAUUGCCCACCCCAAGAUGGACCCCAAAACGGGUGAGCUGUUCUCUCUCAGCUACGACAUCGUCAAGCCUUACCUCAAGUGCUUCAGAUUCAACAAAAAGGGAAGGAAGUCACCCGAAGUUGCAAUCUCACUCGAACAACCCACUAUGAUACACGACUUCGCCAUCACAGAGAACUCCAUAGUGAUCCCUGAUCAUCAAGUGGUUUUCAAGCUAACCGAGAUGAUAAAGGGCAAAUCCCCGGUUGUCUUCGACCGAACCAAGACCUCUCGGUUCGGGGUUCUACCCAAGUACGACACGGACGAGUCCAGAAUCCGUUGGAUCGACGUGCCAAAUUGCUUCUGCUUCCACCUAUGGAACGCAUGGGAGGAGACUUCAACGAACGGUGACAAGAUUGUCAGCGUUAUUGGAUCAUGCAUGACUCCAGCAGACUCAAUUUUCAACGAACAGGACGAACCGCUACAAAGUGUUUUAUCGGAAAUCCGGUUGAACAUAACGACCGGCGAAUCCAGUCGCCGUGAGAUUGUCUCCGGGUUGAACCUAGAGGCUGGUCAAGUCAAUAAGAAGCUUUUGGGGCGGAAGACGAGGUACGCUUACCUGGCCAUUGCAGACCCAUGGCCCAAGUGCUCAGGAGUGGCGAAGGUGGACUUGGCCACCGGAGAGGUGAUGAGGUUUGAGUACGGUGAGGGGAGGUUUGGCGGUGAACCAUGUUUCGUGCCGGGACCAGCUGAAGAAGAUGAUGGGUACGUGAUGAGUUUCGUUAGGGAUGAGAAGAGGGAAAGGUCGGAGCUGGUGGUGGUGAAUGCUUCGACCAUGAAACAAGAGGCCUCCGUCAAAUUGCCUAGAAGGGUUCCGUACGGGUUCCAUGGUACUUUUGUUAAUUCGGAAGAGCUGAAUGGACAGGACCUUAGUUCAUAG